UAUCCCGGAAGAGGUGACUCGACAGCGACAACACAACCAGGAUCUGCAGCAGCAACCGCUUCAAAGCGACACUUUCCCGUCUCUACCUCGCCUUUAAUCCACGCAGCAAUGGACGGAUCUGUCAGAGCAUCUUUAGACGCGUCCGCUGGACCGCCACCGUACUACAGAGGAAGUGAAAGCUCCCUGGUGUCAGCCCUGAAGACCCUGCUGUUCUUCACCAUCCUCAUGGUCACGCUGCCCAUUGGACUGUACUUCGCAUCAAAGGCAUACAUAUUUGAGGGUUCGAUGAAGAUGUCCAGUUCUGACAGUUACUUCUACGCAGCCAUCGUAGCCGUGCUCGCUGUGCAUGUUGUUCUGGCUUUGUUUGUGUAUGUGGCCUGGAAUGAAGGCACGCCUAAAGGCAAGGGCAAACAUGAUUAAGGCAUGCCCUUAUCAGCUCCUGAGACCAGCAGAGAUGGACAGACAUGGGCAGGGAUCCACACACACGUCCGCCUGCCAUGGGCAUCAACACUCAACGCAGCAUCACGUACGAACCAGACAGUCGGGGUAUCUGGUUUGCGCUCAGGCUUUAACCUGAGGUCAGAGCAGGAAGUUACUGUGGGGUGUGGGGGGGUGGAGGCUGGUGGGGUUGUUUUUCUGUGUGUGUGUGUCCCAUCUUCUCAAUAUGUUACACAGGACAUCCUCUGUUUUUGUUUUGGGGGUUUGUCAUAAGCUUCGAUUUAGACAAAUACUGCAAAUCCCUUUACAUUAAGAGUUUGUCGUGAGAGGAAACCAUGUGCACAUGUGCUCCUUCUGUAAUAUUUCACGUUUACUUAUGAGGAAUCUGUAUCCACAAUGCAGAACUCAUUCUGAUCAGUUCUCAAAUCUUGUCCAUAUACAUUCAAUUUAACAAAAUUGUCUCGUCUUUUCCUAAAGUGAUGUCAUUCUGUCGUCGGUCCUUCUGCAACUGGUUUUCAUGUGAUGAGAGUUAACGUGUCUGUCUGGCAACAUUGGGAAGCACUCUAUUCUGUGUUUUGUUUUUAAUUUAAUUCAACUUUUUUCCCCUUUUACUGAAGAUGUUUAGUGAUUUCAGAAUGUAGAUGUCAGUGAUGUUGAUGUAAUGUAAAUAAAAGUGCUCAAUUGCUAAAAUAAACUUGAACAUUUUCAAA